GUUUGUUCCUUGAGCGGCGUAUUGGUGAUUGCUUUGCCAGUACCCGUCAUCGUCUCCAACUUCUCCCGAAUCUACCACCAGAGCCAGAGAGCGGACAAGAGGAAAGCUCAGAAGAAAGCUCGAAUGGCCCGCAUCAGAAUCGCUAAAGCGACUACCGGUGCGGCCUUCGUGAGCAAGAAGAAAGCGGUAGAGGCCCGAAUAGCCGCCAGGGAAAGUGGACAAGAAGUGGAGGACUUCCCGGAUGAUAUAUUCGAGCUUCAACACCACCACCUGUUAAGAUGCCUCGAAAAGACAACGGACCGAGAGUUCGUCGAACAUGAAGUGCCCUACAACGGCCAGCCGAAUCGACCGGCCUCUACGCCUCCCAUCACACCCCUCCCUUCCUUCUCUUCCGCAGAAAACAUCAUCCUACAAAGCUGCUGCGGACGCCGAUGUAGCAAGAAAUCCUAUCGGCAUCGGGGGGCAGCGGCAUCGGACCACGAGGAGGAACUGAACGACGUCCAGGUGCGCCUCCAGAACCGGACCUCGCCGGACGGCGGCCACUACCACCGGCCGAGCCUCGGCAACAACGCCGCGGCCGUCGCGACCACCGUCUCCAGCUCCGGCUCGGCCACCGUCGUCACCCUGCCGCACCCGGACUCGGACCGGAAUCCGGGCGGCGACGGAUCCAACUCCGGCGGCCCGGCCGGCGUCGGCACGGUACGGAUCAGCACCCUCUAG